AGCCGCCCCUCCAACCGUUUCGGCCCUCGGAUUUGCAUGGCUGCAGCGUAACCGUGGAGAGGCCAGGGUACCACAAACUUAUGGAUUUUGAUAAGAGAGGAGGCAAAGGGGACGCGGAGGAAGGGCGGAGGAUGUCUAAGACGGGGGGCAGCCGCAACACGCACGGGAGCCGGACGUCAGGGACCAACUCCGGAGUCUUAAUGGUCGGCCCGAACUUCCGUGUCGGGAAGAAGAUUGGGUGCGGGAACUUUGGGGAGCUCCGACUAGGGAAGAACCUCUAUACGAACGAAUACGUAGCGAUCAAGUUGGAACCCAUCAAGUCCAGAGCUCCUCAGCUCCACCUGGAAUACCGGUUCUACAAACAGCUGGGAAAUGCAGAAGGGAUACCUCAGGUCUAUUACUUUGGGCCCUGUGGGAAAUACAACGCGAUGGUCUUGGAGCUGCUGGGCCCCAGCCUGGAAGACCUCUUUGACCUCUGCGACCGGACCUUCACCCUCAAGACGGUCCUUAUGAUUGCCAUCCAACUGAUCACCCGCAUGGAGUACGUCCACACCAAAAGCCUGAUCUACAGAGACGUCAAGCCGGAGAACUUCCUUGUGGGGCGCCCCGGGAGCAAGCGCCAACACGUAAUCCACAUCAUUGACUUCGGCCUGGCCAAAGAGUUCAUCGACCCCGAGACCAAAAAGCACAUCCCGUACCGAGAGCACAAGAGCCUGACCGGCACGGCGCGGUACAUGAGCAUCAACACACACCUGGGGAAAGAACAAAGUCGCAGGGACGACCUGGAGGCGUUAGGUCAUAUGUUCAUGUACUUCCUCCGGGGGAGCCUGCCGUGGCAGGGCCUGAAGGCGGACACACUGAAGGAGAGAUACCAGAAGAUUGGCGACACCAAAAGAGCCACCCCUGUCGAAGUGCUGUGCGAAAACUUCCCCGAGGAGAUGGCCACGUACCUCCGAUACGUCCGCCGCCUGGACUUCUUUGAGAAGCCGGAUUAUGACUACUUGAGGAAACUCUUCACGGACCUCUUUGACCGGAACGGCUACGUCUUUGAUUACGAAUACGACUGGGCAGGGAAGCCUUUACCGACCCCCAUUGGCACAAUUCAGAGCGAUUUACAAGCCCAGGCUCCAAACAGGGAAAAAACUCAGCAGUACAUCAAACAGCAGGUCAUGAGUUCGACCAACGGGGAGCUGAACACAGAUGACCCCACUGCCGGACACUCAAAUGCCCCCAUCACCGCCCCCGCCGAGGUCGAGGUGGCAGAUGACACAAAGUGCUGCUGUUUCUUCAAGAGGAGGAAGAGGAAAACCACCCAGCGCCACAAGUGACGUGCUCCCCUUCCCCGCUUUGGCCGAGGCCGGCAUCCACUUGGGACUACGUUUUCACCUUCCGCCCCCUCUUCC